AUGCCCGAUAAUGCAUCUGAUGCUGAGCCAGGCUCGCAGCUUUCCUGGCGCCUGCCCGUAGAGGUCUUGACUCUAGUAUUCGCCGAGUUGCAACGUCAAUGGCGUGCAGAUCCUGCUGGUCCUCGCGGUGGACUGGGUAUGAUAGAGGUAUCGCAAGUGUCCAGGUUCUGGCGAUCUGUCGCGCUCAGUAACUCGCUAUGGUCUUCGGGUGUAGAAGCGCCUAGACUACCCGCUCCAUGGACUCCCCUCAUCAUUGAACGCGCCGAUGAUGUCCCUCUCGACCUACAGUUUAGUCUUGUGACCAACGACUACGCGGACGAGGCUCUCUGGCUCUGGUUAUCUCAUUAUGCCAGCAUUCGGAUGCGCUCCCUCGACUUCACUUGCGAAGGCUACGAGGCGUCGCGAUGUGUUGCCCGGCAGCUGAAGCUUUUCCUCCCGAACCUUCGUCAUCUUCGCCUUCACGCACUGCUGGAUCCCGAGCCACUAUAUGAUGACGAGGCGACUCCAAAGAAGGAGGUCUUCGUUCUCUCGUCUCUUCGCGGCGCACCCGAACUCAGGACCGUCGAUCUUCUCAACUUCGUUCUACCAUGGACCCCUGACAUUUUCCUCAAUGUCACCAAUCUCAAGAUCGUGUUGGACACAUAUCUUCAGCCCGAUGAAUACUGGCGCCCGCCGAAACUUGGGGCGUUCAAGAAAACCCUCGAGGCCAUGGCCAACUUGGAGGUUCUUCACCUCGGGGAUGUGUUUCCCGACUACGCGGGUCGAACUCCGGACACCAAGAUCGUUCUGUCCCAGUCAUGUCACUCAGUCACAGUGCAAAACCUGUACAGCUACGAAGACUGCGCGACAUUCUUAUCUUCGCUGGUGAUACCCGAGGGAGCCUCCGUGACACUCAUCGUUCGAGGAGGCCCAGAAUUGCUAGAGUUAGCCGACAGAUGUUCGCUCUACAUUCGUCGGCCACGGGCUGCGCGUUUCAUCUUCGCACCUGAAAACGAAGAGGCUGGUGCCGUCACGUUGUCUCCCGACAUCCCUACAUCGCCGACAACUCCAAUGUGUGCCUCUCCUUCUUCAGAGGCUACGCGUACGUUUACGCUCCGCGCACGUCUCGCACGCGACUUUCUUGUCGGAGUCUCCCGUUACGGGAUGGACCCAGCGGAGGAGCACGAGGAGAAGGCCGCAGCCUUGGACGAAGUUGUUGAAGCUGUGUCUGAUCCUGCACAACUACAUCUCGGCGAGCUGGCGCACUUGCACAUCCAUGCGAUUGCCACGACGGCAGGAGAUGGGGUGAAGGAGUUACUUCGUCAAGCCACGAACGUUCGCACACUGGUGAUUGGACCCGGUGCGAUAGACGUCCUCCUGGGCACCUUAUGUCCUCUUGGCAACGGACCAGUCGGCGACGCGAAGGAAACGGUCAAUCCUGGCGAUCGUCUCGUACUACCUUCGCUUUCACACAUCGUGAUAGAUGCACGAACAAAGGAUCUAAGGGAUAAACCGGACUGGCUCCAGCGUCUAACGAACUUGGUGAAAGUGCGCCAAGCUCGGGUAGGAACUCUAACGCUACAUCUGCCAGGGGAUAUGGCCGCGGAGAACGAAAUCUCAUCGCUGGAGCCAAUACUGCAGCCGUCUUACUACGAAGCAGUCUCGGUCAGCGUCUCUGAAGUCCAGGGAUAG